GUUUGAGUGUACGUGCGAGUGAAUGAAUGGGCGGCGUGCUUGGUGUCAAAGGUUGUGUGGUUACUGUUGCCAGCCCAAAGUAACAUCCACCAUAACACCCAUCAUCCUCUCUUUAUUUGAUUGUUACAAUGGCUGCUGCUUCAUCUCAACCCGUUCCACCAAGCUGGAAAGAUAUCGGCAAAGCUGCCAAUGACUUAUUGGGCAAAGAUUACCCAAUUCACGGUUCCACCCUUGAAGUCAAAACCACAACACCAAACAAUGUCGCUUUCAAGGUUUUGGGUGUUCGUGAUUCAAAGGACAACAAGAUCAGCGGUGAUUUGGAAGCCAAAUGGACCGAUAAGAAGAACGGUGUCAACUUCACUCAAGCAUGGUCAACUGCUAACGUUUUGAAGAAUCACGUUGAAUUGGAAAACCACAUCGCAAAAGGUCUCAAAUUGGAAUUGAUCACAACUUUGAUCCCUGACAAGCAAACCAAGAAUGCUUUGAUCGCAAGCACUUACAAACAACCCGGUUUCCACACCAGACAGCACUUGGACUUGUUCAAAGGUCCUUCCGUCACUGCUGAUGCCGUUUUGGGUCGUGAUGGUUUCUUGCUCGGUACCGAAGCCACUUACGAUGUCAAGGAUGGCAGAUUGUCAAAGUACAACUUGGCUGCCGCUUUCCAUGCUCCUGAAUACGCUGUUGCCCUUCACGCUUUGAGCAACUUGAACGUUUACACUGCAAGUUACUACCACCGUGUUAACGCUGAUAUCGAAACAAGUGCUCGUGCCACUUAUGACACCAAGGGACCUGCCAGUAACGUUAACUUGGAAGUCGGUACAAAGACUUACCUUGACAACGCCGCUUUCGUCAAGGCAAAGAUUAACAACUCCGGUAUCUUGUGCUUGGGUUACACUCAAGCUUUGCGUCCUGGUGUUAAGGCAUCUCUUGGUUUGGCUUUGGACACUGUUAAAUUGUCUGACAACACAGCCGGAGCUGAUGCACACAAGGUUGGUGCUUCAUUCGUCUUUGAAGCUUAAGAUGGGUAGAGAUUGUGCAAAAGUGGGAGAACGUUUGUUUGCUCCUCUUCUUCCCGAGAUCAUGCGGCAAUUAGAAGA